AUGGCUGAUGUAAUUCCCAAAGCAGAACAAAGGUUCUGUGUUAGGCAUAGUUGGGCUAACUUCAAGCUCAACUACACUGGAUCAACCUUCAAGGAGCUAUUUUGGAGAGCAGCCAGGGCUACCACUUGUUGGUAUGCAUGGUUACUUGUCUUGUCUGCAUGGUUACUUAUAUUGUCUGAGUAUUGGUUCAUGCUUCUGUCUGCAUUUGUCUGUAUCUGUUAUAAAUGUCCUGCUUUUAUUCAUGUUGUUCUGAACUGGUAUGUCAUUGAAUAUUGUCAGUUUGAGCAUGAAAUUGCCAUGGAGUCUAUCAAAUUCCUUGAUGAAGAGGCAUAUGACUAUUUAGCCAACAUUCCUACCAGUCAUUGGUGUAGACAUGCAUUUACACCAAACUGCAAGUCCAACAUGUGUGAGACUUCCAAUGCAGUGAUUAGGCCUGCUAGAGAUAAACCUAUCCUCACCCAAAUGGAAUGGAUGAGGAGGUAUAUAAUGAACAGGAAUAAUGAAAAGUGGGAGGAUUCAAAAGAAAUGACACACAACUUAGUGCCAUAUGUGAGGCAUGUUCUGGCUAGGAUAGACUUUGUGGCUAGGUCCUGUGUGGUGCAACCAUCAAGAGGGAAUACAUUUGAGUUGCAGCUGAAGGAUGACCAAGUCUUGGUUGAUUUGGAUAAGGAGACCUGCACAUGUUACCAUUGGGAACUCACUAGCAUUCCCUGUGUUCAUGCUUAUGCAUGCAUGUUGGAUGUGAGGGGUGACAUAGAGGCAUAUGUUGACCCAUACUAUACCAUGGACACAUACAGGGAUGCUUAUGAACCAGCUGUCCAACCAAUGCCUGGUCCCAAGCACUGGGAGAGAGUCAAAUAA